UAAUAUUAAAAAAAAUAUAUAAUAUAAUAUUUUAAUGAGCCACUUGUUGCAUCUAGGUUAUGCUUAUUUAAUAUAUAAUUUAUCAAUUACAAUAAACAAUGAUAGUAUAUUGUGCAUCAUAUUGUGAUACAAGUGGUUAUUAAAUAAAAGUUUAAUAAAGCAAUAGUUAUUAUCUUGUGAGAAUGCAGGAUCAUAUUGUCAUGGAUGAUCCUGGUUUGAGUCUUUAUCAAGGAGCUGGUAGUAUUCAUAUUAAUACCAAUAUACAGGAACAACAAGAGGCUGAUAAUCAAGAAGAACUUAAAGAAAUACAACAAGAGAUUGGAGUUACAUUGGCUAAUAAUUUACCUGACUGGGAGGGAGAUGAAGAUAGUGAAAAUAGUUCUGUAAAUAGUAGUCGAUUUCAUGAUACAUCAAGAGCAUCAUGUACAAACAGUAUUAUAAAUUUAAAAUUCGCCAAUGAUAAUGAAUUAAUUCAAUAUGAUAAUUAUGAUCAAGUUCAUAAUGACAUUGAUAAAAUAACACCAGUUUUUGAUACAGAUAAACAAUUUCAUAUAUUUGAACAAGCACCAUUAACAACUCCACAUAAUAAUAACCAUAAUAAUAAUAAUAAUUACAAUAAUAAUAAUAAUAGCAAUAGUAAAAAUAAUAAUAUUAUUAAUAAUAAUAAUAAUAAUAAUAAUAACAACAAUGAUAUUAUUAUUAAAGAAAAUAAUGUUAAUUUGACAAAUGAUAGUGAUUAUGAAUUUCCAAGACAACCAAGAUUACCAAGUCAAUCAACAUCAUUUCCACCAGAUAUAACAACACAAAUAAAUGAUGGUUAUACAAUACUUGAUAAUAAUUAUCCAACAGAUUAUCAAACACCAUCAAAUCAUUAUCAAAUUAAUAGACAAAAUUAUAAUAAAAAUAAUAAUGGUUAUACUGGUGAUAUAUAUGAAAAUAAUAAUGUACAAAUAAAUAAUCAAGAUGUUAAUGAUCAUGGUUUUGCAACUGGUAUUAAUGGUAUUGAUAAUACAAGUAAUUAUGAAGCAUAUAAAGCUGCUGAUUUACAAAGUAAGGAAAGAUUUGAAAUUUUGUGUGGUAUUAAAGAACAACAGUUGAUUCGAUUACAAAAUGAUAUUAGAGAAUUACAAGCUGAAAAAGAUACACAAACAGAAAAAUUAUCAAAAAAAUUAAGACUUGCUGAAGCUGAAAGAAAUCAAGCAGAUUUUUCACGUGAUCAAACACAAGCUGUAUUGGUUGAAUCAAAAGCUGAAGUUUCAAAAUUACAAAGAUAUCUUGAUGAGUAUAAAAAAAAUAUUGAUGUUGAAAGAAAAAUAAAUGAAAAUUUAAAUGAUGAAUUAAAUGUAACUAAAAGUACAGUUACUGAUUUAUUAAAAAAAAUUGAAAUAGUAGAAGCAAAACAAUCAUCAUAUGCAUCAGAUAAAACACAUGAAAAAUUUCUUAAACAAACACAGGAUAAACAUGCUGCUGAAAUACGAAGUAUGCAAUCACAAAUUGAUCAACUUACUGAUAAAUUAAAAAAAAAGGAUUCAAAUUAUAUUUCUUUGGAACAACAAUUUUGUGAAUUACAAAGAACAAAUGAAAAAAAUUUACUUGAAAGAAGUGAAGCUGUUAAUAAAUUAUCAAAAGCACUACAAGAAAGUCAAAAUAAACAUGGUAAUUUAAUUGCAAUGAAUCAUAGUCAAGAAAAUAUGCAAUUACAAAAUAAAAUAAAAUUAUUAAUGGAUGAAAAAAUUGAAUUUGAAAAUACUAUUAAAGAUUUACAAAAUAAAUUGGAAAUUGCAAAAGCUGAUGCACAAAAUUAUGAUGAUUUAUUGAUGGAUCCACAAUCUGAUUCAAUAAAACAAAUGAAACUUGGUGAUUAUCAAUCAUCUAGUAAAGAUAAUGAAGAUAUUAAAAAUAAAUUACAGUGUGAAUUAAGAAGAUGCAUUGCUGGACAAACAGUCAAAAGAAAAGAAAUAACAAAAUUAGAAAAUAUAAUAUCACAAAAAGAUUUGGAAUUAAAAAAAUCACAAGAAAUUACAUCAACAUGUCAACAAGAAGCAGCACGUUAUUCAAAACGUGUUAAUGAACUUGAAACUAAAAUAAAAGAUAUGAUUGCUGAUAGUAUAUAUGAAACAAAUGCUGAAAUUAAAAGAUUAAAUGAAAAUUUAAAUGAUUUACAAAAACAAAAUGAAACAUUAAAAUGUGAAAAAAAUAAUUUACAAGAAAAAUUAGAAGAAACACUUGCUGCACAAGAAGAAUCAAUACGUAAAAUUCAACAAGAAACAAUUGCACAACAAGAAAAAACAACAAGUGAAGAAUAUAAUAAAGAAUUUUUAGAUAUUCAUGAUGAAGGUGUUAAAAGAGUUCGUCAAGAAGCUAUCAUUGAAAUAACAAAACUACAAGUACAAUUAGAAAGUACAGAAAAAGAAUUAAUUGAAAUUAAAGAAAAAUAUAUUGAAUUAUGUGUUAUUAAAUCUGAUAAUGAUAAAUUAAAGCUAGCAUGUGAUAAUUUAUUAAAAGAAAAAAAUGAUUAUAAACAAAAAAUAUAUGAUCUUGAAAUUAAGCUAACUGAAUAUAAAGCUGAUAUUAUUGAGCUUAAUGAUAAAUUAAAUCAUCCAAAUGAAAAUUUAAUAAUUUCACAAAAUGAGCUGGAAAAUGAACUUGCACAGUAUAAAGAAAUUGUCAAAGAACUUGGUGAUCAAUUGAGUAAUAGUAAUAAUAGUAAUUUAAAAAAAAAUGAUAUAUGCCAAGAAGAAAGAUUAAAACAGCUUGAAUUAAAACUUCAAGAAAAAGAAGUACAAUUACAAAGAUUACAUGAUCUUGAUAAAUUAAAAGAUGAACGUGAUCAAUUGGUUACAAAAUUAAAACAUCAAGCAAAACAAUUUGAACAAUAUGUUAAAAGUCAAAAACAAGUACAAGCUGAAUUAAAUUUAUCACCAAGAAGUACAAUUGAUGGUGUUGAUUUUCAAAAAUUACGUGAAAUGUCAACAAAAGAAGUUAGAGAAGAAAUGGAACAAAAAGUUGCUGAAGAAUUAAGAAUAAUUGAUGAUAAACACAGAGAAAAACAACGUAUUAUUGAACAAAAAUACAAAACAGCAUUAAAUGAAUUAAAUGAAAAAACUAAAAAUGUAUUACAAGCUGAAAGAAUGAAAUUACAAUCAUCAUUUAAAGCACAAGAACAAAUAUUUACACAAAUAUUUGAAGUUAAACUUGAUGAAUAUAAACGUGAAUUAAAUAUAAGAAAUUUAAAAAUUGAAGAAUUACAAACAUUAUUACGACGUAAAGAGCACGAAAUUGAAGAAGAAAAAAAUGAUAUGGCACAAGUAAUGUCUGAAUGGAUUCUUGAAAUACAAACAGUUAAAGAAACUGGUUUAAAAUUACAACAAGAAAAUAAUAAAUUACAUGAUGAUAAUAAAUUAUUAAAAAUUAAUGAAACAAAAUUAAAUGAAGCUAUUGAAAUGUUAAAAAGUAAAAUAACUGAAUUAAAUGAUGCUAUUGAUUUGAUCAAACAAAAAUAUCAAAAAGCCAAAACUACUGCAUCAAAUUACAAGAUUUAUGCAGCUAAUAAGGAAAAAUUUCUAUCAGGUGAAUGUAAAAGAAUUGAAGAGGGCUAUAAGAAAGCUUUGAAUCAAGUUGAACAAAAACUCAAUGAAAUGAUUGAUACACAAGAAAAAGAGGUCAAUGAAAAACUCACAAAAAUGCAAAAUAAUUAUGAGGAACAAAUACAAAAAUUGCGACAAAAACAGAAGUACAAAGAAAAAAAUUAAUAAAAUUAUAUUACGUAUUUCUUAAUUCAAUAAUUAUAAAUAUAUAUAUUUUUUUUUUAAUUUAAUUUAAUAUUAAAAGAGCCCGAUUAUUAAUAUAACUAUGCCUAUUAUAAAUGCACUUUAUUGUACAACACUUUUAUAUAUUUAAAUUGACAUUUUAAUAUUUUUUUUUUUUAAUCAUUCAAAUACUUAAUUGUCAAAUUUUUAAUAUUUCGAUUUAUAAUAAAUGCAUAGGUAGAACAAAUUGGCAUAAAAAAUUGAACAUAAUAUAAAUAUUAAAUUAAAUUUUUUUUUUUAAAUCAAAUUUAAUUAAUAUACGUUUAUUUAAAAUACUCAUUAAUGGCCAUCGGUGUCAUAGUUAAUUUUUCGAUAAUUUAAAAUUAUAAAAUACCAUCAUGACAUUAAUAUUAUAAUUGUAAUUAUUAUUAACAAGAUAACAGCGAAAUUUAUAAAGAAAAAAAAACGAACAAAAACAUAAUAAUCUUGCCAAAAUCUUGUUUAAAUCUUUAAUAUUAAUUUUAAUUAUUAUAAAUAAAUUUAGCUAGUAGUUAUUCAGUAUAUGCCAUAAAAAAAUAAUCUAAUAAAAAAUAUAAAAGUGUAAUUAUAUUUAUAAUCCAUGACUCACGAGCUUUUAAAACAAAUUAAUUUAAGUUUAAUAUGGCAUAAAUAAAUUUAUAAAUUUAUUUAAAAACAAAAAAAAAAUAUAUUGUAAAUUGCCAAAUUAAUUAUAUAAAUUUUCGGAAAGUAUUUUAUAAAUAAUUUCUACGAAAAAUUUAAUGAUAAUAAUUGUAACUUUAAUAUUUGUACAUAAUGAUGGUACAAUAUUUGAGUUUAAUAAUAGCCAUAAAGAAUAUGUUAAUAAUAUAUUCAGAAGCAGGACUGAUAGAGUACGAACAAUAGUAUUCAAACUGUCAUUAACAAAUGACAGUGUUAAAAAGUAAUUUUUUUUUUUAUUUUUUAUAUAUUUUCACAUUAGGCUAUUUCAUGAAAUAUGUGGCUUAAAAAAAAAUGAAAAAAAACAAUAGUUGUAAUAUUAGUUUUUAAUUCCACGAAUGUACAAUGAAUUUCGGUACAAAAUAAUAUGUUCAUUUAAUUUUUUUUUUUUUUAUAUUUUCAUAAUAUUAGUAUAAUAAGUUAUAGAUUUGUUUAAUGUAUCGAUUUAUAUGAAAAAAAAAAAAAAAUCAUUUAUUCAAGUAUAUAAAUGAAUAAAUUAAAUUGAUAAAUUU